AUGAAAGAGGCGGAGCCGGUGACUACAGAGGAAAGAAUGCGCGCCAGGAGCUGCGGGAACUACUUCAUGGCCUUUGCCUUUGCCUGGGGAGUCGCCGGCGCUGUCUCUCAGACCAUUUUCCUGUUCGGCGCCAGCUCCAGCCCGCUGGAUCCGCUUUCUUUCUUCUACAUCCCCUGUCAGCUGCAGGGCAACAAAUGGGAAACUUUUGUGUCGCUUGCGGCAGCAACAGCCGCAGCAGGCCUUGAAGCAGCAGCAGCAUGGGCAGCAGCCACUGCCUCAGCAGGUGCAGCAGCAGGUGCAGCAGCAGGUGCAGCAGCAGGUGCAGCAGCAGGUGCAGCAGCAGGUAGCUCAGCAGGUAAAACAGCAGGUGCAGCAGCAGGUUUGGACAAAGCAGCAGCAGCAGCAGCAGCAGCAGCAGCAAGGGCAGCAGGGGCGGGAGCAGCUGCAGCAGCAGCAACAGCAGCGGCAAAGCAACCGGAAGCAACGGUCCCAGGAGUACGACAGCAGCAGCAGCAGCAACAGCAGCAGCAGCAGCAGCAGCAACUCCAGCAGCAACAGCAGCAGCCACAGCGGCAGCAGCAGCAGCAACAGCAGCAGCAGCAGGUCAAAUUGCAGCACGAGUUAUGCCUCUCUUUCUUCUUGAGGCCACGAGGUGUCUGUACACCUGAAAAUGAGAGCCCCGCCGAAUUUCGGUCUUCCUUUUUUCCACUUUUCCCGCCGCCGCCCAAAGAGCAGCAGCAGCUGCUGCAGCAGCAGCAGCUGCUGCUGCUGCAGCAGCAGCAGCAGCAGCAGCAGCAGCAGCAGCAGCAGGCGCAGGGGCGCGAGGGCGCUGGCGGCGGCGGUGGCCGUGGGCGCGCUGCUGCAGCUGCUGCAGCAGGGCCCUGCUGCAGCAGCAAACAAGCAGCAGCAAGAAAGUCUUUUGCUGCGGAAGAAAACCCUCCACUCAGACCCUCCUUUGGCGGGAGAGGUUUUGCUGUCGUGUCCAGUAGGGUCGUUUGCCCCUACGGCUCUUUUCAAAACCAACAGGGCGCCUGUGUCUUGACAGACUCCGUCUUGCCGGAGAGGGUUUGCCCCUCGGGGUUUGAGCCGUACGACAAGGGCUGCUUGCGGCGCACGGCGAUCCAGCCAGUGCCUCUGUGUCCCCCCGACUUCUACCCAGUGUUUGGCGAAGGUGCAGCAGCAGCAGCAGCAGCAGCAGCAGCAGCAUGUCGAAAAGAUGUUGCAGAAAACCCUCUUUGGACCUGCAGCAGCGGCACUCCAACGCAGCCUGGAGUCUGCGAACUGAAGGAGCAGCAGCAGCCAGUCUUCCUCUGUCCCGACGGAUUCGCCCUUCAAGACGGCUCUUGCGUGCGGUGGUCUCGGAGCGCAGCAACUCUGUCUUGCCCGCCGGGCUUCGUGUUCCUGCCUGCUGCUGCUGCUGCUGCUCCUGCUGCUGCUGCUGCUGCUGCUGCUGCUCCGUUGUGCGUGCUGGAGACGGAAACUGCAGGCAGCCUCUCCUGCGCGCCGCCCUUCCAGCUGCAGCACGGAGUCUGCGUGCUGCGGCAGCAGCAGCAGCCGCAGCCGCAGUGCCGUGUGGGGUUUAAGUACGACAGCAGCAGGAAGCUCUGCAGCAAGCUGCUGCUGCAGCAGGCGCUGCCCGUCUGCCCCGAGGGCUGGCAGUAUGACGCAGCAGCAGCAAAGUGUCUCCAAGAAAAAAGCCCCACUUUCGUUUGUCCCCCCAGCAGCAACCACCACCUGACUCCAGCAGCAGCAGCAACUCUUGCUGCAGACGGCUGCGCAGCAGAAGUCACUGAGCAGCCUUUCUUUGCAUGCGCCGAGGACCAAAACACCAUUGCUGCUGCUGCUGCUGCGCCUCCCCCCGCUGCUGCUGCUGCUGCUGCUGCUGCUGCUGCUGCUCCAGACGGCAAAGACGGGGGCCUCCUCCUCCUCCCGCAGCACGAGAAAGGGCUGCACGAACCAGCAGCAGCAGCAGCAGCAGCAGCAGCAGCAGCAGCAGCAGCAGGGAAGGACGUCCAGCUGGAGGAGCUGCUGCUGCCGGACCCAGUCGCCGUCCACACAAAGGACGACAAAGCAGCAGCAGCAGCAGCAGCAGCAGCAGCAGCAGCAGCAGCAGCAGCAGCAGCAGGGGGCGCCUACGAGGAGAGCAGCAGCAGCAAAAAGGGCUGGGGGCCCCUCAGCAGCAAAUGGGGGGCCCCCCUGCUGGACCCCCGAGCUGCGCAGCUGGGCAGCAGCACCAAAGUGCAUGCAUUGGCUUUUAAAGAAGCAAACAAAGAAGUUGAAAAGAAAGAAAUAAAAAGAAAAGAAAUUGAAGAAAAUAAAGAAAUAAAAAGAAAAGAAAAUGAAGAAAAGAAAGAAAUAAAAAGAAAAGAAAACGAAAAAAAAGAAGCAAAAGGCCCCAAAGCAAGAGAAGCAGCAGCAGCAGCAGCAGCAGCAGCAGCAGCAGCAGCAGCAGCGAAAAGCAAACACCUGCCGCAGCAAAAAGAAGCCAAAAGGGACUCCA